AUGAGUCCAGCUCCUUCGUCUGAUGUACCUGUAGCUCCUUCACCGCAGAAACCGGCGGCGUGGCCUCGGUCGCAUGGCAAUGGACGCAGCCAUGGGGAUUGCUUUCAAAAAUUGCAGGAUCUGAUAAACAAAAGAGAACAGGAAGAGCAAGAACAACAUCAAUCGGACUUGCUGUCGGCUCCAUCUAUUGUUCGUUCACCGUCACCGGAUGACAGAAAUCCCCACGGCAUUCUUGUGCGACGUUCCUCAAGCAUGACGGAUGUACCAAGGACAGAUUCUCUACAAACUUCGACAGGGUCAGACUUACUUGCUCCACCAGCGUCAGGGUUGCGUCGAUCACGGUCUGUGCGUUUCACCACCGAACCGCCUAAAGUUUUUCGAUAUUCCAAACCCACUCUUUCCGACGAACUUGAUUCGUCAAACUACGACUACCGAUCCUCUCUACUGUUAAAAUGGAACAAUUAG